AUGGAGACCAAACCAUCAAUGUACUUUUCUCUGAUACCAUUCUGGUUCCUUUGCUUCACCAUAGUAACCUUUGCCUCAUCAUCAUCAUCAACAUGGUAUGGUGAUCAUAUCUCACUGAGAGAUGUAAGCCAAGGAGAAAAUUUUAGUUUCGGAAAAGACUUCCUCUUUGGCACUGCUUCUUCUGCUUACCAGUAUGAGGGAGCUUACUUAACCGACGGAAAAACCCUAAGCAAUUGGGACGUUUUCACAAACAUCUCUGGAAAAAUCGCUGAUGGAAGCCAAGGCAAAGUCUCUGUCGAUCAUUACCAUCGAUACCCGGGAGACUUGGAUCUGAUGGAAGAUCUUGGAGUUAAUAGCUAUCGAUUUUCUUUAUCGUGGGCUCGGAUUCUUCCAAAGGGAAGAUUUGGAGAUGUGAACAUGGAAGGUAUUGAUCAUUACAACAGAAUGAUCAAUGCUAUUAUCAAAAGAGGGAUGGAGCCAUUUGUCACGCUGACACAUUAUGACAUGCCUCAAGAACUUGAACUGAGAUAUGGAAGUUGGCUAAACCCCCAAAUCCGGGAAGAUUUCGAGCAUUACGCAGAGAUUUGCUUCCGACACUUUGGGAAUAAGGUUAAGUUGUGGACUACGUUUAACGAACCAAACGUUCAAGUGAUCUAUGGUUACCGUAAAGGGACGUACCCGCCAUCACGUUGUUCCAAGACUUUCGCAAACUGCACACGUGGCGGUUCCGACAUAGAGCCACUUGUCGCUGCUCACAAUAUCAUCCGCUCACAUUUAGCCGCGGUCAGUUUAUACAGGGAAAUAUUUCAGGAACAACAAAAAGGAAAGAUCGGUAUUGUUAUGAACGCGGUUUGGUUUGAACCGGUUAGUGAUUCUUUAGCAGAUAGAUUAGCUGCUGAGAGAGCUCAAGCUUUCUACUUGACUUGGUUUUUGGACCCUAUUGUGUUUGGAAGAUAUCCAAGAGAAAUGCAAAACAUUCUUGAACAAGAUCUUCCAAAAUUUACGAGGGAUGAUCUUAAAAGCUCCAAGAAUGGACUAGACUUCAUUGGGAUUAAUCAGUACACAAGCAGAUACGCUAAAGAUUGUCUACAUUCCGCAUGUGAACCGGGCAAAGGAGGUUCUAGAGCUGAAGGUUUCGUCCAUUCAAACGCACUUAAAGACGGUUUAACUUUAGGAGAACCGACCGGAGUAAGCUGGUUUAAUGUUUAUCCUCAAGGAAUGGAAGAGAUGUUGAUGUAUACAACAGAGCGAUACAAAAACAUUCCAUUGUAUGUAACAGAAAAUGGUUUUGGUGAAAACAGUACGGGAGUAUUGUUAAAUGAUUAUCGGAGAGUGAAGUUUAUGAGCAACUACUUAGAUGCACUCAAAAGAGCCAUGAGGAAAGGAGCAGAUGUAAGAGGAUACUUUACUUGGUCUUUAUUAGACAACUUUGAGUGGAUAUCCGGUUAUACCAUAAGGUUUGGUAUGUACCACGUCGAUUUCAACACUCUGGAGAGAACCCCAAGACUAUCAGCUUCUUGGUACAAGAACUUCAUUUCCCAGCACAUAAGCUCAAUCUAA